AUUCACAAGUAACACUUCGGCUGUUGUUGGUCAAGAAAAGUUUCUAGAGUGUCGCCUCAUGGGAAUCGCGAACUUCGCCCAAGGUAGCGCCGUGAUAACACGUACCUCUGAAGAUUUGGUUUGCUCAGUCAAUUCCUCGCUAGUAGGAAUGUGCACUAAGGCAACGGGGUAUUCUGUUACUGGCGCAUUAGAUGGCGAUACACUGGUCGUGAGGCUACUUAUUGCAAACGUUUCUUGUAACGACAGUGGCGAAUACACGUGCUCAUUACAGCAAAACCCGGAGGCUAAAGCGGUUACAACCCUAAAUAUUGAAAGAUUACCGGAGGAACCUCGUUUGACAAUGUCAAGAGAGAUUAUUCACAAUAAAUUUACACUGGGUGACCGGCCUUUUAUCUGCGAAGGACAGCUCGGUGUUCCAGCAGGCAAUCUCUUUAUAGAGAGUGAUUUUCAAGAUGAGUUUAAACCCUUCCUUGACAUAAACAAUCGAAACAAUUCCAUAGGUUUCAUCUUUAAAGAGGAGACCAUCGCAAAUGCAUGUGGGACGUAUCAGAAGUUAUAUUUUGCUUUCCAUAAAGCAGAUUUUACAAUGAACUUACGAAAAUUUCGUUGUUCUAUCAAGCCAUCCGAAUCUUUAGCAAAUCAAAAUGUAAAGCUAUCUGGAGUAGGAACUAUCAAAGUUGUGCCUGACACCUGGUGCCAGAACGUGACUAGUGAAAGUAUCAUUGAGCACCCAUACCUAUGUCACGUAGGAGUUUCGUGCGACGCAAAAGGAGCAAUUCUUGGCGUUCCUCUAGGGUGUAAAGAAACACAAUGUUUCAAUGUUUUUGCACAUACCGCGUGUCCGGAAUGUACGUGCAAUAAACAAGGACCUGUGACCACAACAACUACCACUGUUUCUCCUGAUGCAGAACAGAUGUACUGUACUCCACAAAGCGUAGGCAAUGUCCGAGGUGAAAGAGUGAAUGUGUAUUGCACCCUUCUGAAUGUGAAUGUAAUCCUUCAACUGAACGUCAGCAAAGAUGGAAGAACAAUCCGUUCUGAAAUAAAUGCGUCCGGAUUGGUACAAGUCGCGUUCCCAGAGAUGAGUUUAAUGAUAUCCGAAACAAGUAUCAAUAUUACGCUCAUUAUGACAAACUGUAGCGUCGAAGAUUCGUAUACUAUAAGCAUCAACAACGGCACCACUGGGACGUUUACAACAUGGUUGACAGAAAAUGCUACUUCACCGUCAAUGUCAGUGGCACCAAAAAAGUGGCUUAACCAGCCGUUCAGCAUAAACUGUACCGGGAAUGUUGGGCGCAUCAGUGGAGGAGCAUACAGAUCAAAGCUCUACAUUCAGUGGGGUAGUCAGUUUCAGAAAGACAAACUGUAUGGGGGUGUCAGCCCGCCAAUAUGUAAUGACGCAUGCCAGUGUACUGAAACAAUAGAAAUAGCAAUAACAGCCAAUGGAACAUGGAACAACACGGAGGUGCGCUGCAUUGCUGUCGACAAUAAUGAUACUAUUGUUUCUGCAUCUGGCAGUGAAACAGUAGUUCUGUCAGAAUCAGUGGUAUCAUUCACAAGUAACACAACGGCUAUUGUGGAUAAAGAAAAAAUAGUUGAGUGUCGCCUGAAGGGAAUCUUCAAUAGUGCCCAAGAUAUAGCUAUCAUAACACGAAGCAGUGGCGAUCUGGUUUGUGAAUUUAACGGCGAACUGCAGGGAAAUUGCUCCACGCUAACUGGAUAUUCAGUAUCCGGUUAUCGUGAUGGAGAUACACUGCUUAUGAGGCUCAUUAUUGCAAAUAUGUCUUGUAAUGACAGCGGUGAAUACGUGUGCUCUUCCAAAUCGAACACAGGAGCCCAAGCGAAGACUACACUUUCUGUUCAAAGGCUGCCAGAAAUACCACAAUUGACAAUGUCAAGGGAGAUAAUACAUAACAAAUUCACCAGAGCUGAUCUCCCUUUCAUUUGCGAAGGAGAAUUAGGCGUUCCUCCAGGAAAACUUUCAAUUGAAAUCGACAUUCAGAACGAGUUUGAAACAUUCUUGGAUCUUAACAAUAAAACCAACUCUAUCGCAUCGAUUUUUAAAGAGGAGACCAUUCCCGCAUCUUGUGGAAUGUACCAAAAGUUUUAUUUUGGCUUCCAAAAAGCAGAUGUGUCAAUGAACCUACGCAAAUUUCGUUGUUCAAUUAAACCGUCUUUGGAGUUGCCCAACGGUGACGUGAAAUACUCCGAGGAAGGGGUAAUAAAAGUUGUUCCAGACACGUGGUGUGAAAACAGGAAUGAAACGAACAUCGAACAUCCAUAUCUCUGCCAUGUUGGAGUCGUAUGCAACGCUGAUGGCGGCAUUGCAGGCGUCCCAGAACUCUGCAAUAAGACCCAGUGUCGUAAUUUUACCACAUAUCUGUGCACGGAAUGCGUGUGUGAUAAAAAAGGACCAACAAUCGUGACAACGACGACCAUAUCUCCCGAUGCACAACAGGUGUACUGCAAUUCGACAAGCAUUGCGAGUUAUAUUGGGGAACAGGUGUCCGUCUCGUGUAUGCUGAUAAAUGUUGAUACAGUCAAUCAACUGAACGUUAGUAAAGAUGGAGGAAGUCUUUAUUCUCAAUCAAAUCCUAGAACUUCCGUUGUUGUGAACCCGGGCUUGAGCCUAAUAAUAUCGACAACAAACAUCAACGUAACACUUUCCUUGACCAACUGUACCAUUGAAGGCUUGUAUACUAUCAGUAUCAACAAUGGGACAUCUGCAAUGUUUCAAGUGUGGUUGAUAGAAGAGCCGAAAGUCCCAAUCUUAACCAAACCGACAACUGUUUGGCUUAACCAACCGUUUGAAAUAACCUGUGUCGGGAACGUGGGUCGCACAACAGGCGGGAAUGCACGCUCUAGUCUUUACAUUGAAGUUAAAAAGGUAGGAGAUGCGCUAGUUACUCAUAUUGGCCAGCCUUCCAAUUGUUCAGAACUGUGUUCGUGUGCAGGCUCUGCAACGAUUAAGCAAACUGCAGAUCAGAGCUGGAACAACUCCGAGGUCCGCUGUGUUGCCAAGAACGCCAGUGGGGUUAUUCUUUCUAGUUCUGCUUUCACGAUGAUACAAUUGUCUAAUACAGUUGUCAAUUUCAUUAGCAACAACUCUGCACAAAUAGGAGAGGCGAAAGUUAUCGAAUGCGUGACUCAAGGCGAUGACUUGAACGGUGGGGAAAAAAUAACUCGAAAAAUGGAUGGCUUGGUGUGUACAAUUAACAGCCAAGCUACUGGCAAUUGUUCGAAUUCAUUGGGAUAUUUCAGUUACCAGUAUAGAUGACGGCACCAGCUUAAGGUUAUUAUUAACUAUCAGGAGCGUAGGAUGCAGCGACGAUGGGGAGUAUGAUUGCCAUUCGGUUAACAGACCGGACGCAUAUGCUACUUUGUUCCUUUCAU